AUUGCGUUGUGAUGGUCCGGGAAGACAAAGAAAUGAAAUGGAUAUUAUCAUCAAUAAUUUGGAAACUAAGCCACAACAUAAAAAGGUUACAGAAUAGAUCAAGGAAAAUACAAAUGCUUACAUUCGUAUUUGUCUGCACUUUUAUAUGCACUGGUCUUUAUUUAUUAAUGUACAAGGAGCUUAACGAGGAUAUGUUAAACACUAAUCCAAUUCACACAAACACACAUGUAUCAUCACCAAAUGUGGGUUGUAUUUUCCCAAACAUCGAUCCUUUUUCACCAAUCGCCAUGAAAUAUAACAGAGAUAUGCCGAAAGUUACGUGCAAAGGGAAGGAUUGGGUUGAGUGCAAUAUGUCGGAAUGUUAUGUUAAAAAGGAGAUUUUAGAUACUAAACAAGACAUCACCUGUAUAUACAAAGAUAUUAUAUACGUCGAUGAUGAUAAUUAUAAAAUCGGUGAUGGAAUUAAGUUGACUGGUGAUGAAAAGUAUAUACUUAAUCAGAGUGAUUACUUUAAGGUGUCGUGUUUUGGGUACGAUAAGAAAGGAUUCGGCCUCCUAUCUCACAGAUGGCAAGGCUACGUCUCCGGCGUGCGUGAAAUAAAACGCCGCGUUUCCGCCUCGCGUGUAAACAGCCUAAACGUGCUCAUACUCGGCUUCGAUUCCACGUCGCAUAACGGCUUUAUAAGGAAGAUGCCUAAGAGUUAUAGCGUUUUGGUGAACGAACUGGGUGGCGUGGUUUUGAAUGGAUAUAACAUACUAGGCGAUGGUACACCGGACGCUCUAUUUCCCAUUUUAACGGGGAAACACGAGUGGCAGCACACUAGCGCGAGGCGGGUACAUACAGACGCAAAGAUAGACCCCGAUUUGUUUAUAUUUAAAACUGCUAUGGAUGAUGGCUACCAAACGGCAUACUACGAAGACAUGCCAUGGAUUGGUUCAUUCCAAUACAGAUACAAUGGUUUCUCCAAAUGUCCCGCGGAUCACUAUUUACGAUCUUUUCUCAUGGAGGAAGCCAAAUCUGGGAUAAAAUGGUGGAUGGGGACCAAAAAGAGAUACUGUAUUGGAGAAAAACCGCAGUAUAAAGUGUUAUUUGACUUGACUAAACAGUUCACAACAAUAAAAUCGAAAAAAUUCUGUUUCACGUUCAUAGCGGAUAUAAGCCAUGAUGAAUUUAAUCUAAUUUCUACAGCUGACGACGAUUUAGUUGAUUUUAUGAGAUAUUUGAAAAAUUCCGACAUUUUGAAUAACACUCUGUUCAUUUUGAUGGGCGAUCAUGGACCAAGAUUUUCCCCCAUGCGUCGAAACACGUAUCAAGGCAAAAUGGAGGAACGUUUGGCUUUCAUGUCAAUAACUUUACCGGAAAUAAUAAAAUUACAAGAACCCGAUAUAUUAGAAAAUCUAAAACUAAAUAGUAAAGUACUAACUACUCCGUUUGAUAUUCAUUCUACUAUUUUGGACGCUAUGGGCCUUAAGUUGUUUGCAAGUGACUAUAUAGUGCCUGGUAGUAAAAUGUUGAGGGGAUUGAGUUUAUUGCAACCGAUACCAAGUUCUCGUACAUGCGAAGACGCAUCAAUUCUACCACAUUGGUGUGUGUGCACUAACACUAAAUGGCAUGAUGUUGGUGUGAGUGAUCCCGCGUAUAAUACACUAGCUAUCACUUUGGCAGAGUUCAUCAAUAACGCUACAGCGGAGAAGCGAGAUUUUUGCGCAAAAAGGGAGAUUGUAUCUAUAAAAUGGAUAGUAAGAAGGGAUUGGACGAACGUUACCUUACAAGAAGGAAAUAUGUAUUAUCAAAUGAUGGUGGUGAUGAGUCCAAAACGAGCGUCUUUUGAAGCGACUAUAAAAUACAAUGUACUGACAGACAAGUUUAUUAUUAGCGAUCGGGAUAUAUCUAGGAUAUCUGCGUUUGUAUUGUUUUUUUUAUUUAUUUCACAACUGUUUUUGUCUGUUUAUUGUAUUUUCACCCCAAGUAAAAAAAAACUUGAUUCCUGGGAGAUUUUUUCUUGUAUUAGGAUUUAG